UUCUUUCUUUUAGCUUACAAAAAGAACCACUUUUUUUCAGAGGUCGAGGAAACAAAAGGCAAAAAGCUGCCUGGAGGCACACGCCACACGACCGCCCGAUCCCCAUGGCUGCCGUCGUCGACGGCGCCGAGCUCAUCCUGUCGGUGCCGGACGACGUGCUCGCCCUGAUCUCCGCCCACCUCCGCCCCGGCGACCUCCUCGCGCUCUCCGCCGCCUCGCGCCGCCUCCACGCCGCCCUCUCCGCCGCCGACAAGCCGUGGCUCGCCCAGUGCCGCCGCCUCCUCCCCUCCUCCCUGUCCCACCUCCUAGCCUGGCGCGCCGCCGCGGGCGGAUCCUCCCUCACCGUCUGCCGCUUCCUCCACUCCGUGUCCCCGCUCCGCGGCCUCUGGGCGCACCAGAACCCCGAGCUCGGCAACCUCGUCGCCGCGCUCCCGGGCUUUCUCUCCCUCGUCGCCGUCCGCGCCAUCCCGCAGGAGCUCUCCCCGCGCCUGCUCUGGGCGCCCGUCUUCGAGAUCCUCGCCGACGCCCACGGCCGUCCCACGCUCCUCUUCCUCCAUGGCCAUCACCCAGGCUCCCUCUUCCCCGGCCUCCUCGACGCCCUCAACCCCCACGCCAACACGCUCCUCCUCGAGGCCCACGCGUCCCUCUCCUCCUCGCCUAUCCAGCAGUUCCCGCGCCUCUCCUUCGGCAACCGCCGACGGCUGCUCGACGCCCUCGUGGCCUCCUGCCGCCUCACGCUCCCGCCGGACCUCGCCGCCGCGCCGCUCUUCGCGCGGUCCGACGAGGACAUCCCCGCGCUCGCCGCGCGUCGGGAAGCUAUGCUGCGGAUGCACACCGAAUCCGGCGGGGGUAUGGUGGGCACGCCGGAGCUCGAGGCGCUGCUACUGGGCGCCAAGAAGAUGCUGCCACUGCCCGCGGUCGACGCUACCGGCGACGAAGUGGGGCUGCGGAGGAGCCUCUCUGCGAUGGCUUGCCGCCUCAAGAAUGGGCUGCGCCACAUGGUGACACGCUCUGCGUCAGCCAAUUCGAGGUCAGACUACGCGGACAGCAAGCAUCUGCCAUUUGACAAGUUCUUGCGCGCCGGUCAGAUGGUCGGCCUCAGCCUCCGGGGCUCGCGGGUGCGACUGUCGACCUACCGCGCAUGGCCGAGCAUGAACGAUAACCGGUUGGCGCUCUACAAGCUGACGACGCAGACACCCAUGCCCGGCCGGGAGUAUGCCGGGCUGUGGGGAGGCACGUUUGGGUGGCCACCGGGGAGACCGGAGGACGAGUGCAAACCAGGGAAGGCUCUCUUCUUCCUUCUCCUUUCAUAUGAGAAAGACAGCGAGGGGAAGCUUCUGCUGAUUGCAACCAAGGUGUUGGAGGGCACACACUAUGUGGUGCAUCCCAAUGGGUCGUCCAUGUUUGUCGUGCGGGUGGGUGAACCAUCCACGGAGGCAUUUCCAUGGAUGACAGAAGACGAGGAUUCCCGCAGUGUGGACAUCGAGAGAAGUUUUGCCGGGGAGGGCAUUGCCAAUGGUUAUGGGUUCAGGUACCCUGGCUCAAAGCCUGGGUCAUUGUUUGUUCUCCAGGAUGGCUGGCUCGCCUUUGUUUGGAGAGACAGCAAGUCUGUCCUCACCUUGCAAAGGCUCAAUUUAGAGGAGCUACUGAGGAAAGGGGAGCGUGUGCCUGCAUUGCCGCCGAUACCAAACUUUGUGUACCUCACCAAGUCUUACUCCAAUGUUUAUACUGUGAUGCACGGUAGUUCCAGCUGCUCAUCUUCUACCUCCCAGGUAAAAGACGCAACUAAGGGCCAUGAACUCGGAUGAUCCAACUGAUGCAGAGGCUACAGACCAAAACCUGCUUGCUUUGACAUGAUGGUCAAGAAGACUGUAGUGCUAAAUAUAGUAUCUUCAAAGAAAUGCCACUUUCCCUCAGAAAACAGGAAAUGGCAUCAAUAUACAUAGCUGUAUUGCCAUUAUCUUAGUUAUUUUCAUGCUUCUGCUUUAAAAUUAUCCAAAUCAAUUCCCCCAAACGAAUGAGCUGCGAUUCAGCAAGUGCCAAGAUGGCGCCAUUUGUAAUGAAAUUGUAUUUUUUUUUCAAAGUAUAUAUGGUUGAAUCA